AAUACAUUUACCACAAAUUUGUUCAUAUCUUAAAACGUUUCCGGACUGGAAAUACGGCAUGUUGGGGAUGUAUGUUUCUAUGUAGGUUUCGUCGCUCUUGCAUUAUUUGCUUGACAGGAAGAGAAGCUGACUUCGCAGGACGACUGUAAGCGUUAGAAUUGCAAAGAGUUAUCAUAUAAUGAAAGCGUUGAACCCGGCAUCGCUUUUUGCACUUUUUCUGCUGCUAUGGGGACAGAUCUGCUACGGAAGCGAUGAAAGCCCUUCAAAAAAGCCAGAGAACCCCUGUUGUGAGUAUCCUUGCGAGAACUUGGGGGUGUGUGUGAGGUUUGGCCUGGACAGAUAUGAAUGUGACUGCACUGGCACUGGUUACUAUGGAGAAAAUUGCACAAUUCCUGAGUUCUGGUCCAGAGUUCAUCAGUUUCUGAAACCCAGCCCGGAUACAAUGCAUUACAUCCUCACCCACUUCCAUUGGCUCUGGGACAUCAUCAACAGAACCAUCCUCCGGGAUUGGCUCAUGCGUCUUGUCCUGACAGCAAGAUCAAACCUUAUCCCCAGCCCCCCAACCUACAACUCCAAGUAUGGGUAUCUGAGCUGGGAGUCAUAUUCUAACAUCACUUACUACACCCGGAUCCUUCCCCCAGUCCCAGAGGACUGCCCCACUCCCCUGGGGUCCAAAGGAAGAGCUGAACUCCCAGCUGCAGAGCUCCUGGUGGAGAAGCUCUUGCUUAGGAAGACGUUCCGCCCAGACCCCCAGGGAACCAACCUGAUGUUUGCCUUCUUCGCCCAGCAUUUCACACACCAGUUCUUCAAGACACACAACCGUGUUGGGCUAGGCUUCACCAAAGCGCUGGGACAUGGGGUGGAUGCUGGGCAUAUAUAUGGAGAUGACCUGCCUCGUCAGUUGAAUCUGAGACUUCACAGAGAUGGAAAACUGAAAUACCAGAUGAUCGAUGGAGAGAUGUACCCUCCAACAGUUGCAGAGACAUCAGUGCAUAUGCACUACCCUCCAAGUGUCCCAGAGGAGCAGCGCCUGGCGAUUGGGCAGGAGGUGUUUGGGCUCCUCCCAGGCCUCACUAUGUACGCCACCUUGUGGCUGCGCGAGCACAACCGCAUCUGUGACAUCCUGAAGGCCGAGCACCCCACCUGGGGGGAUGAGCAGCUCUUCCAAACAGCACGCCUCAUCAUCAUUGGUGAGACGAUCCGGAUUGUGAUCGAGGACUACGUCCAGCACCUGAGCGGGUACCACCUGAAACUGAAGUUCGACCCGACCCUGCUGUUUGGGACACAUUUCCAGUACGGAAACCGAAUCGCCCUGGAAUUCAGCCAGCUGUAUCGCUGGCACCCGUUGAUGCCUGACGCCUUCCACAUCGAUGGAGAUGAAAUUCCCUACCCCCAGUUCAUCUUCAACACCUCUGUUCUGUACCAUUACGGCGUCGAGAAGCUUGUGGAGGCAUUCACACGGCAACCCGCUGGCCAGAUUGGGGGUGGUCGCAACAUCCACAGCGUGGUGACCAAAGUGGCCGUGAGUACCAUUAACGAGUCCAGGCAUCUCCGCCUGCAGCCCUUAAACCAGUACAGGAAGAGGUUCCACCUGAAACCCUACACAUCCUUCAGACAGUUCACAGGAGAGGAGGAGAUGGCACGGGAGUUGGAAGAGCUGUACGGUGACAUUGAUGCCCUUGAGUUCUACCCCGGCUUGCUGCUAGAGAAGACGCGACCCGGUGCCAUAUUUGGGGAGAGCAUGGUUGAGAUGGGUUCACCAUUCUCUCUGAAAGGGCUCCUAGGAAACCCCAUCUGCUCGCCAGAGUACUGGAAGCCCAGCACAUUUGGUGGGCGGACGGGGUUCGAAAUUGUCAACUCGGCCACGCUGGAGAAACUGGUAUGCCUCAACACUAAGAGGUGUCCACAUGUAGCUUUCCACAUUCCCCCUGCUGAAUCUGAGGCACAGAAGAACACAAGAAAACCUUCCACCGAUAUAGAGGACUACAGUGUGGCCCAGGUGAGCAAGGCAACAAUGACGACGCUGGACGACAAGCUGCUCGGGGAGAAGCUCCAGUACUACUACAGCAGCAGUGAGGAUGAGGACAGUGAAAAGGAGGAGGAGGAGGCAGACGACAAGACCAUCCGCAACCCGGACGUCCUGGAAGUGGAGUACAGCCAGGAUGGCAGCGCCAUGAACACAGGGCCAAAGGGUGUGAUCAAUGACUGGAGGAAGUACAAGCAGCUGGAGACGGAGCAGCGGCAGGAGCAGAAGAAGGAGAUGGAGCGGCUCAUCAAGAAGCUGUCUAUGACCUGCCGCUCCCACCUGGACGAGGAGCGUGACAAGGAGAAGCAGAAGGAGCUGCAGGACAAGAUCAAUGGCAAGAUGACCAUGCAGGAGUACAACAUGCUGCAGGAGGACGAGGACGAUGAGGACUUCCUGCAGCAGUACCGCAAGCAGCGCAUUGAAGAGAUGCGCCGGCAGCUGUACAGCGGCAAGCGCUUCGGCCAGGUCCUGGAGAUGACAAGCGGUGAGGAGUUUCUGGAGGCCGUGGACAAGGAGGACAAGGGCACGCUGGUGAUGAUCCACAUCUACGAGGGCGACAUUCCUGCCUGCGAGGCCAUGGCUGGCUGCCUGCUGUGCCUGGCGCAAGAGUACCCACUGGUCAAGUUCUGCCGCGUGCGAAGCUCCGUCAUCGGCACCAGUGCCCUGUUCACAGGCAAUGCCCUGCCAGCGCUGCUGGUGUACAAAGGCGGUGAGCUCAUCGGGAACUUUGUGCGCAUCAGUGACCAGCUGGGUGACGACUUCUUUGCUGUGGACGUGGAGGCGCUGCUGCAGGAGUAUGGCCUGCUACCAGACAAGGCAGCGGUCAUCCCCACCUCCAUCCGCAACGCCGCCAUUGCGCGCCAUGCCCAGAGCGAUGACGACGACAGCGAUCUGGACAUAGAUUAGCACACUCCAAACACACACACACACACACACACACACACAUUCUCUGAAAGUAGAUACAUGCAGGGCUCUCCCCACUGUUUAUUCAUUAUGUAGGCCCUGUGGCACCCCUGCCUGUUAAGUGUUUAAAUGGUGUGUGUUUGGGCAGUCCCACAGUAGAUGUGUGUUUGUGUUAGUAUUUCUGUUUGUGUUCCCUUCCCUCAAAGCUCUGAGCAGGUGUGUCCCCCCCGGACACACACACACCCUUAUGAUGAAACGCUCUGGAAUAGGAUGCAUGAGCUGUGGAUCUCUUCUCUGCAUGAACAGAAAUGCCCGCAGUUAUCAGCUCGAGAUAUGGUGUGUCUCAACCCUGAUGUUUCACUACCUGGUUGACCAUUGUAAGACGUGACGGGCGGGACUGGUUGUGCUGCUAAUGUAGAUGUUCUCAAACCAUUUCUCCUCUCUCCAUUUCUCAGACCUAGAGACUUCCAGAAUUUCUGUGCCACAUCAGGUCUGUCCACCAAGGAGCUCUUCUUUUGUGUGGUGAAUAUUGUCAAUGUCAGAGCAGUCAGUAAACAGUUAAAUCCAUGUUGCUAAAUAGAAGCAGUCAUGGUUUAGAUUCUCAUUUUUAAGAAUCAUUUUACGGUACUUAAUUGGGUCUGGAUGCACAUAAUUCUCAUAAAGAGAAUCACUGAGUGCAUUGUGGAGCCAAAGGCAUUGUCAGACAUUGUGACCUGUUCUGACCUCAGUAGCCUCAGUGGUAUUAGAGGUCAGGUUGGUCCAAAUAAGUGUAACUUCAGUUAGCCUGUACAUUUGAAUAAAAUGCAACACAAUUUAAGGAAAUGUCCAUUAAAACAGCAGUUAUUCACUGAUAGUUGUAUGUAUUGAGUUGAUGUCAGUGAUGCUGUUGGUAGAACAAUGCCAAACCUGGGCACCUGCUGAUGUCAACAUGUGCGGAUGUUGACCCGCAACAUCUUCUGUUUAUGACUUGGCACAAUUGCCCAAUAUUUUCAUAGCAAUGGUGUUGGAACAACUCACCUUGUGGUCUCUUUGGUUGUUACAGUUUAACUAUUCAUUGGACAAAAUGCAUUUCCUGAUGUACCAAACUUUCUCAAUUUUAUUGGCAAAGCUGGGCCUCCAGACUCUUUCUGUACUGGAAGUAAUAAUUUUGGUCGUAGCUUACCCAGCUAAGCUCAUUCUUAUUCAAGGCUCAGAACUUUGUGUGGACAAAAGCCAAAAACCCUCCUAGGACUCUUAUCAUUUCUAACACACGUCACAGAACCCGUUCCGCAGUGACUUCACAGUCAAAGUUACUUGCUUGUUAAGCAUGAAUUAGUGAACUACUCCGGAUUCCAUUUGUUGCACAUGUUAUAAUAUGCAUACAUUCCCCUGUAAAAUGUGCUCUCAAUAUUAUUUAUUAUCAAAAGGAAUGUUGGUAUCAGUCUGUGUGCAUGUGUAUUAUGAUUAGUGAGUGCAACAAUAUCAUAUUCUUAGACACAAGAAGACAACUACAAAACCUUGGGACAUAUUUCUUAGUUUUAUACAUUUUCUAUGUCUUACCAGUUUGAAAACUAUUGCAAAUAAAUUAUUAUUCCCACUUGGACUCUGUAUUAGUAUUUGUGUUGAUAUACAGUGGGUUAUGGUGGGUAAAAAGCGAGAGGUAGAAGUUAAUACUCAGAUGACCCAAAUUUGUAAUCUGUCUGUAUGACAUGGUUCCUCCUGCUGACUGGGAGUUAUCAUUUCAACAAAAUACAGACAUGCAUCUAAUCUUUAAUUGAUGUAUGUAUGAUCAAUGAAAGAUUGUGGAAUUUCUCUUCUAAAUUUGCAUAAUUCAUAAUGGCAUCUUUCACACUGAGUUGCAGUUGUAUAACAA